AUGGAACAACCAACACGGCCGCCCUUCGAAGAGCUACCACUCGACAAGGAAGGCCCUCCUGGCAAUGCUUGGGGCUUGUACGGGUUCGACGACGAACUAGGCGCCCUGAACAUGAUAACACCUGCCACCGUGAAAGCAGCUGCACAGGAGAUACGAACCGGAGAGCGCGUGUCACUAGACUGGAAUCUCAACCUCCCCUCCCACCCUUCCUUUGGACGCCCCUCAUUCGGCUGGCGCAUGGAAAAUCGCACGCACCCGGACGGCGCAAAACGCUUUGUCAACGACGAUCACCUCGACAUCAACACGCAAAGCUCCUCGCAAUGGGACGGCUUCCGACACUACGGCUACCAGCAAGCCGCGCGAUACUACGGCGGCCGGACCCAGCAAGACAUUGAGAACACAGAGAUUAUUGGCAUUAACAAGAUUGCACACUCUGGCGGCAUUACCGCACGCGCUGUAAUCCUCGACUACCCCCGCUAUCUUCAAAAGCAAGGCAAGGCCGCUAUCGAUGCGCUCUCAUCCCACGCCAUCCAAGCGAAAGAGCUGAAGGAUAUGCUCGCACAGACGGGUGUCCAAGCCAGGAACGGAGAUCUAUUGCUUGUGAGAACAGGGUUUACGGAGCAGUAUGACAAGUUGAGUGAGCAGGAGAGGAAGGAACUGGCGAGUAAGCCGCCGACGUUUGCCGGUGUCGAGAGCACAAAAGAGACAUUGAGGUGGAUUUGGGAGAGCGGGUUUGUGGCGGUGGCUGGCGACGCGCCCUCCUUUGAGAUGGCACCACUAGUUGGUGACCACAACAAGCCCGGUGGCAUAUGGAAGGGUGAAGCCUGGGAAGACGACAUGCAGGGCGGCGGCCUGCUGCAUCAGUGGUUGCUGGGUGGGUGGGGUGUUAUGAUCGGCGAGAUGUGGGACUUGGAGAGAUUGUGCGAGAAAGCAGAGGAGCUGGGGAGGUGGACGUGCUUCGUUAGCAGUGUGCCUUUGAAGGUACCAAGUGGUGUUGCGAGUCCGCCAAAUGCGGUCGCUAUCUUCUAG